AUGCUUCAUUUACCAACUGAGCUCAUUCAGCUCAUUCUCUUAAAUUGCGAGACCCCAGAUUUCUUUCAAGUAGCUCAAGCAUGUCGCAGGCUGUAUGAGAUUGCCCGUGGCAGCCGGGAGGUGAUACUUCAUCGGUUAUACCACACUCCCGGGUGGAUUGAUGAUCUCGACACUCUCCGCACCAAUGAUCUCUAUACCAUCUUGAGGUGCCGGUCCAAUGCACAGCUGGAUGGGGCAGAAACUUCAAAAUUCACCACCUAUGGAUUCCCCAAGGCCAUCGACAGCCGUGCAUCUGCAUUCGAGUCACCAAGAGAAAGCAAUCGCGCAUUGCUGGUCUUCAAAAAUCACAGCACCGUCUAUCUAGUGAAGAUGCAUGAUGGAAAAUUGAUUCAAGAGGCUAAAUGGGCGUCCCCGGGACAGGACAACGGAGAGGUUGAGGUCAUCCAGGCUGCCUUCGACGGAGACCAUGGAGUCUACGUGCUCCAUCGAUACAAACCUUUCCCAGACCAAGAGCUCGAUACGGACCAUCCAUUUGUUCAACACGCCAUGCAGUCUCACCCAAAUGGGAGCAUCUUCCUGGCCUACCAUGACCUGAACCUGGAAAACACCACCGUGCACAUGUCUGCCUUCCCCGAGCACCAGGAUUACAACCCACUAGCUCUGGCGGUGGCCGGCGAUCAGUUUGCAAUCUCCUGGCAAAACGCACAAGAGCCCUCUGACCAUGCCGUCGUCCUCUACCAAGUGCACGAAUUCGAGUCCGAGGACGAGGACGACGAGAGCUCCGAAGAUGACGAGUCCGAGGACGACAGCAACAAAGAGCUGAGAAAUGUCAAGAUAGUUGAUGCCCCUUAUAAUUUCCGUCGCCUGAUGAACCCACGCGACCGCCCAAUCCAAGGAGUGACGGGCCCUCCAGUGAAGCUGGCUUUCAAUGACCGAGGCUUCCAGCUUCUGUACCACUAUCGGGCCCAAUCCCUGUACGGCUCCUUCAGAGCACUCCAUACUAUCCCCACGCGAGGUCAAGCAGGCCCCCAGAUCGCGAACAGGUGUACUGUGCCAUUCACACCGAAUCUCAGCCUUCAGUUUUCCAUCGGCAUACCGUUCUUCGCUACCCACGAGGCUGGCAAUGUUGCCAAUGGGGUUCCUUGUCAUUGGCAAUAUCUCGCCUUUGGAACUGCAACGCAUCGAGUUGAGAAUUGGACAGUGGCAUGUCUCCUCAAGUCCGAGGCUUUCCCCACCCGGCGAUGCACCCAUGUUUCCAACCUCGACCGCGGAAGACGUUUUGAGAAUUGGAAGGUCAUGGCGCAGCUCGGGGGUUUCCAGGAAUCGACCACCUCGCAUGGGUCUCAAGUAGCGACUUCACGUCUGGGGACUCGAAUUGCUAUAGCUGACUGGAAAACGCUGUACGUUUGGGCUCUGAACCCUACUGAAGUUCUCGAUCCCGAAAGUACCUUCUAUCCAUCGUCAUGGUUGUCCCCUACAAAUACCAUUGUCCUGCGGCCCGUGGUCCUCGACCUGGGCGCGGUCUGCUCUCAGAUACGAUUCACCGCAGAGGAACACGAGUUGGUGGCAAUCACUGACCGUGGAGUGGUACAUGUCGACCUCAACUCCAGAUGUCAACUUGAACGAAAUGAGUUAAGCAUGGACCUGGCAUAG